GGCGCCUAACAACACCAUCAACCUCGAGGUUCCCUUGGCUCCGUUGCAGAGGGCGCUGAAGAGCGCGCAGAACGCGAUUGCUGCCAAUAUCCGGUUGACGAAGAAGGACAAUAUUCCCUUGCUUAGUCUUACUAUCACUACCAGCACUAUCAACAGCGGGCCCCCGUCUGCAUCCGCUUUCAAUGCGCGAGGAGGUGCGGGCGAGGAUGGCACGGAUGGCUUCGACGCGUCGAGUGAGUUCAGAGAGGAAUCCGUGGAGGCUUUCAGCAGCCGUGCACAGGAUCGCGAAACGACCGUCACCCAGGACAUCCCUAUCCGCGUCCUCGCCCCGGCCUCAGUCGAGGGCCUCCACGAGCCCGUAUGCAGGGACCCAGACGUGCACAUCACCCUGCCCAAUCUGGUGCAACUGAAGAGCAUCUCCGACCGCUUCACCAAACUCGCCCUCUCCACCAAGUCCUCCACACGAACGGGCUUCAACAGCUCCACCUCCAGCCCCAAAUUGGAACUCAGUGGCAACAUGCACGGCUGUCUACGCCUUUCGCUCAACACCGAUAGUCUUCGCAUCUCAUCGCUGUGGACAGGUCUCGAGAACCCAGAGCUCGAUCCGGACCAGGUGGCGGACGGACUCGACAACCAUCCCAGCACGCGGAUGAAGGGUUUGGGCGAUUCGGCGGGGCAGAGCGAUGAGGGCUGGGCUACGGUGAGGGUGGAGGGGAGGGAUUGGGGCAGGGUGUUGAGUGUGGGUCGCUUAGGGGGACGGGUGAUUGCUUGUUUCUGCCAUGAACAUGCGCUCGUGCUGUAUGUAUUUAUUGGGGGCGAGGAGUCGGGGGUUGGCGAGUCGGUGCUGACGUAUUACAUCAGCUCGUACAGUGCGUAGGGCUGUCCUUGCUUUGUUGUGUUGCUUUAGCGAAGGCGCAGGUGGUUACAUUCGAUCAAUACCAAGACUAGGUCUUUGCAUUCACUAUACAUAAGUAGCGUAGAGUAGGUAACUAGCGGCAAAUGCAGGGCAUGCUGUCAUCGGAGAAUUAGAAAGUCACC